AUGCUGCCGUACUUGUUCCCUAACCUAGCCGCUUUUGCCACUGUCGCUGACCUAAUUACCCACCUCCGCACUAGUGACACCCACCACCGCGCUACGCUUCCUCCCGAGUUCUGCACCAAGAAUCCCCCACCUAUGUACAUCACUCUCUACUACCUCGUCACCCGGCUCCCUGACUCCCUUCGCUCGGUCAGGGACCACUUCCUCUCCCUUUGCCCCACCACGCUCACCACUGACCUCCUCGAGGAGUGCCUCCUUGCAGCUGAGAAGAGUAGAGUUGCUGUAGGAGCCUCUCGUGGUGACCCUCGUGCCCCUUUCUUUGACGGGUGCUCCCCCGUCCCCCUUUUGCCCUCUAUUGCCUCUGCUGCUCCUGUCGACCUCGUUGGCACCGAGUCGGUCGGCGCUGCGCCUGCUCCUAGUGGGAGGCGCCGCAAUGGCAGGAGCAAGGGGGGCAAGGGUUCUGGAGGAGACGGAGGGGGCGGCGGUGGUGGCGGUGGAGGCGGCGGAGGGGGUGGGGGUGGAGGUGGGGGUGGUGGCGGGAGUGGGGGCGUCGGUGGCAGUGGUGGAGGUGGAGGCGGCGGCGGCAGCGGCAGUGGGGGUGGCGGCGGCAGUGGUGCUGGUCAGGGUGGCGUUGUGCAGCGGGGAGGCUUUGGUGGUGGCCAGCGCCAGCAGCAGCAGCAGCGUUCUCAUGAGACCCUGUCGCCCCAGCAGCUUCGUGAGUGGUACACUGGGCGUGGGAGGUCUGGGGGUGCUGGUCCCUGUGCUUACUCGGGGGUUGCUAUCUUUGAUCUUGACUAUGAUGCUAUCCUUGCUGCUAUGUAUGCUGUGUCUAUUAGUGAUGAGGGUGACUGUUCUCUGUGUGUUCCGCCUGACCCGAGCAUUGAGGCUGCUGCUCUAGGUGCUAGUGAGUCUGCUGCUCCAGGUGCUGGUGAGUCUGCUCUCUCAGAUACCGCGUCGACUCGGGUCUUACACACUUUCACCCUUGACUCGGGUGCUUCCUGCUCCUUCUUUCGCGAAUGCACCACACUCUCGCCGCUCAGUCGGCCUGUGGCAAUCUCUCUUGCUGACCCCUCUGGGGGUCCGGUCCUUGCACACUCGUCCACGGUUCUGCCGUGUCAGGCGGUUUUGGCAGGCUCUCUGUCUGGCCUCCACCUCCCCUCGUUCUCCACGAACUUAGUGAGUGGAGCUGACCUUCACGACGCCUGGACUCUUCUCUGUCACCACCGCCUUGGUCACCCCUCCUUGCCUCGUCUCCGAGGCAUGGCCUCCCGUGUCCUUGUCAGUGGCCUUCUCCGGUCUCUCCCUACCCGUCCCCUAGGGCCUGCCCCCACCUGCGUUCCUUGCGUCGAGGGGUGGCAAAGCGCCGCUCCUCACUCCUCCGAGUUUCCUCCGACAGAGGCUCCCCUGCAGACUCUUCACAUGGACGUGUGGGGCCUAGCCCGCGUCCGUGGACAGGGUCACGAGCACUACUUCCUGCUGGUGGUUGACGACCACUCGCGUUACACCGCAGUCUUCCCCUUGCGCAGCAAGGGUGAUGUCACUGAGGUGUUGAUCGACUGGAUCCGCGCAGCUCGUCUCCACCUCAGGAGGAGCUUCGCCUCGGACCUUGCUGUUCUGCGUCUGCACUCUCACAGAGGUGGAGAGUUCUCCUCCAACCUUCUGCGAGCCUUCUUUCGUGCGGAGGGCAUCCGCCAGACGUUCACGCUUCCAGCCUCUCCACAGUAA